GAUGCUACACGACCCUUGAGCAAUGGAGGCGUUGAGCUCAACCAGUCUUCACUUCAGCUAGAGCCCACAGGAGGGCCAACAGAUGCAACGGCCCACUGCCCUCCUGGCCCCACCUGUCAGAGCCAUCAACCACUUGCCGCCAAUUAACGUCCAGAUCGAUCGACCGAUUAGACUUCCCUUCCCUAAAGCCUAAACCCUCCUCCACGUCACCCACUAAUCACUUCCCCCUCCCCCUCCCAUCUCGCCGCCGCGCCGCCAGACCUCACCGCACCAUGGCGACCAGCUCCGCCGCGGCCGCCUCCUCCCUCUCCCUCCUCUUCUCCCGCCCCAACUCACGCAGCUGCUCCGGCCACAGGCCCUUCCCCGGCUCCCACCUCCGCCUCCCGCGCUGCGCUGCCUCCGACGCCGCCGCCGCCUCCUCCACGACGGCCACAAAGCACCGCCGCCCCGCGGAGGAGAACAUCCGCGAGGAGGCGGCGCGCCUCCGCGGCCCCGCCAACGACUUCUCAGCAUGGUACGAGCCGUUCCCCCCGACCCCCGGCGGCGACCCCAACGAGCGCUACUCGCUCGACGAGGUCGUCUACCGUUCCAGCUCCGGCGGCCUCCUCGACGUCCGCCACGACAUGGAGGCGCUCGCGCGCUUCCCGGGCUCCUACUGGCGCGACCUCUUUGACUCCCGCGUCGGCCGCACCGCCUGGCCCUACGGCUCCGGCGUCUGGUCCAAGAAGGAGUUCGUGCUCCCGGAGAUCGACUCCGACCACAUCGUCUCCCUCUUCGAGGGUAACUCCAACCUCUUCUGGGCCGAGCGCCUCGGCCGCGAACACCUCGGCGGGAUGAACGACCUCUGGGUCAAGCACUGCGGCAUCUCCCACACCGGCUCCUUCAAGGACCUCGGCAUGACCGUGCUCGCCAGCCAGGUCAACCGCCUUCGCCGCAAGUCGCUCUCGCGCCCCAUCGCCGGCGUGGGUUGCGCCUCCACAGGUGACACAUCCGCCGCGCUCUCCGCAUACUGCGCCGCCGCGGGCAUCCCCGCCAUUGUGUUCCUGCCCGCCGACCGCAUCUCGCUGCAGCAGCUCAUCCAGCCGAUCGCCAACGGUGCCACCGUGCUCUCGCUCGAUACGGACUUUGAUGGCUGCAUGCGGCUCAUCCGGGAGGUGACUGCGGAGCUGCCAAUUUACCUUGCCAAUUCGCUUAACUCGCUUCGGCUCGAGGGGCAGAAGACUGCGGCCAUUGAGAUAUUGCAGCAGUUCAAUUGGCAGGUGCCGGAUUGGGUCAUUGUUCCAGGAGGCAAUCUUGGGAAUAUCUAUGCGUUCUACAAGGGAUUUGAGAUGUGCCGUGUUCUUGGACUUGUUGAUCGUGUGCCGCGACUUGUCUGUGCACAGGCUGCAAACGCAAAUCCUUUGUACCAGUAUUACAAGUCAGGGUGGGCUGAGUUCCAGCCACUUGUUGCUGAAACUACAUUUGCAUCUGCGAUACAGAUUGGUGAUCCGGUAUCUGUUGACCGUGCGGUGGUCGCACUGAAGGCAACUGAUGGUAUUGUAGAAGAAGCUACAGAGGAGGAGCUCAUGGAUGCAAUGGCGCUUGCUGACCGCACUGGGAUGUUUGCUUGCCCACAUACUGGGGUUGCACUUGCUGCUCUGUUUAAGCUCCGGGAUCAGCGUAUAAUUGGGCCUAAUGACUGUACAGUGGUUGUUAGUACAGCGCAUGGACUCAAGUUCACACAGUCAAAGAUCGACUACCAUGACAAAAACAUCAAGGACAUGUUGUGCCAGUAUGCUAAUCCACCGAUCAGUGUGAAGGCUGACUUUGGUUCUGUCAUGGAUGUUCUCCAGAAGAAAUUCAAUGCUAAGAUCUGAGCUUAUGUUCAAUUAAACCUCAGAACUGCUUUCUUCUUUAUCAUUGCCGUGAAUUCUAUUCCUGCGUAUUUUUGAACUGUGGUUGGUGAACAUGGUAUGGCGCAAUCAUCAUAUCUUGUAGUACUAGGUCUGGAGGCUCUUUUGAUUAUAGGUCCAAGUGGAUAGAGCUAUUCCUUGUACUUUAUCUGUAUCAUGUAAUAUGAAUAAUAAAUUAUGGUCUAAGUGUUUGAAUGAAUAAAUGUUUGGAAUGACCUAUGCAGGAUUGUUCCGUUUUGCCA